UGUUUUUACAUCGAAAAGAAAAAUUUUUAUAAAUAAAUAUUUUAUAGAUUUCUAUAUAUAUAUAGAAUACAGACAUUACUCAAUAUAAUAUCGGUAUUUUUAUAAUAUUUUAAUGUUAAGAAAAGUGAAAAAUAUUAUACAUAUGUAUUGUACCUACAUAUAUUCCGUCGCACUAAAUGCGUAAUAAUUUUAAAAUUACCUUUUUUAUAUAAAAAUCAAAUAAAAUUCAAAUAUUUAAAUAGAUUAAAUUAUAAAAAAAUAAAACUGGUAAAAAAAAAUUAAUUAUAUAUGGCAAAAUUCUAAAAAAACGGGACAAAAAUUAAAACUAAAAGAAAAAUAUGCCACCAACAGUGCAACCUCAAAUAACCCCAAAAUUUGACGACCCAUAUUUUUAUAUGUCGCCAUUACAAAAAUUGAAUAACUUAAAACAAACGAAUCUUUUAUCGAUAAAUAAUUUUAAUAGUUGUAAUGAAUUUGAAAAUUUAACAAUAUCUAACUCAACAUCAGAUCCGAAAAUCAAUACAACUAAUUUACAUUGGUAUCAACAAUAUUAUUUACCAAUUGACAACAAUUCUCAAGAAUUCUCAAAUUCACUAACACAAAUUUCGAAUCAUAAUGGACAAAUACCUAAUCAUUUUCAUCAACAAUCUCAGCAACAACAACAACAGCAAUCACAUCAAAUCGAUCAACAAAAUUUCAACAUUUUAAAUUCAACACAGACCACAUCAUCUGGAUUUUAUCCUAACAUUAUGAACAAUGACUUCGAUUUAGCAAUUGCUGAAUUAUGUCAACAAUUUUAUCAAACUGAUUUUUUAAAUAAUCAUCAAAUUCCAUUGAAUUUAAAUCAACCGAAUCAUUUCAAUAUUAAUAAUAAUAAUAAUAAUAUUAAUAAUAAUAAUAAUGACAAUAGCAAUAAUACUACAAAAUCAAUAAGACCACCGCCUAUCAAUUAUUUAUGUCAUUUAUGUUUUAAAAAAGGACAUUUUAUUAGAGAUUGCCCACAAGCACAUCCAAAAGGUGAAGGCUUAACACCAUAUCAAGGUAAAAAACGUUGUUUUGGUGAAUACAAAUGUCAAAAAUGUAAAAGAAAAUGGAUGUCCGGAAACUCAUGGGCCAAUAUGGGCCAGGAAUGUAUCAAAUGUCAUAUAAAUGUCUAUCCACAUAAACAACGACCACUUGACAAACCUGAUGGAUUAGAUGUUUCUGAUCAAUCGAAAGUUCAUCCACAAUUUUUAUGUGAAAAAUGUAAAACAUUGGGUUAUUAUUGUCGGAGAAUGCAAUAAUAUUUUUGAAAAAUGUGCCUUUUUUUUGUACUUUUGAACAAACAAAAAAAAAAAAAAAUAAUAAAGUUAAUGGAAAAAAAAUAUGAACAGCAACAUGAUUAAAAAAUUCAAUUAUUUUGUUUGAGGCAUAAUUGUUUUUAGUGAUCUGUAUUAUAAUAUUAUAUAUUUCUUAUUUAAAUUAAUUUGUUCUGAAAAUGUGUUUUUUUUUUACUAAAAAAGCCUUUAGCAUUUCCAGCAGAUCAUUUUGUUAUGCAUUAUGCACCUUUUUAAUUUAUAAGGUAAAUUUAUAAUA